AUGUCAUCUCAAGCUGGCCAGCAAGGCAAAUUCGAGCCUAUCGCCAAGGCUCAAGCUCAGGAUCAACCUGGGUAUGAGACCCACAUGCAGCCGAAAAGUGAACCUACUGCUCUUGAAGGUGAGGGCGGCUUUGUUGAGUACGCUGCUGCGGGAAAGCUCAAGGGAAACAAGAUAUUGAUCACUGGUGGAGAUUCUGGAAUUGGUCGUUCCGUUGCAGUAUUGUUUGCUCGGGAGGGAUCGGAUGUCACGAUUGUAUUCCUCCCUGAGGAAAAGGAUGAUGCUCAAGAGACCAAGAAGCUGGUGGAAAAGGAAGGAAGGGAAUGUCUACUUGUUCCAGGGAACCUGAUGGACAAUGCUACCUGCAAAGAAGCCGUGCAGAAGCAUGUUGAUAAAUUUGGCAAGCUCCAUGUUCUUGUGAACAAUGCAUCAAAGCAGAUCAUGUGCCCUGAUUUUGCUGAUAUCGAUUUGGACAAUGUCGAGAGCACAUUCCGAAGCAACAUCCUCCAAAUGUUCGCGAUAACGAAGUAUGCUCUUCCUCAUAUGCCAAAAGGCUCCAGCAUCAUCAACACAAGCUCCACUGUUGCCUUUCGUGGAACUGCUUCUAUGGUUGACUAUGCUGCCACUAAGGGCGCGAUUGUCUCGUUCACUCGGGCUUUAGCAGUACAGCUAGUCAAAAAGGGCAUUCGGGUCAAUUGUGUGGCUCCGGGUCCAGUACACACCCCAAUCCAAGUCGCCUCCCGUCCUGCCGAACAAAUGGAAGGAUUUGGGGAGGAAUCCCGUAUUGGUCGACCGGGACAACCAAGCGAGAUCGCUCCGAGCUUCGUCUUUUUGGCCAGCAAGGACGCCGAACUCUAUUAUGGCCAGGUGCUACAUGCAUAUCCACUAGGAGAUUGAGAGGGGCGUUAUAGCAGGGCCAGAUUCGAAUUACAGUAUCUUCAUAGAGAAUCUAGCUGAUUCCAACCCGGUUGACAUGCUCUUCCAAACUUUCAGAACUGCGCCGCCAGAAACUGAGGAUUUCCAGAAUGGUCUCAGACCUUGUUCCAUGCUACGGGCUCGGAAAUUACUCCAAAUCGGUUCGCGAAAACUUGAAUGAAUAGGAUAUAACUGAGGAAACAGCGAAGUCUGGUAGUAAGAUAGCUGAUAUGUGUGCAAGGCUUGAGAAGACCAUCCGGACAUUCCAGAUACAAGUUCAUAGAGUUACAG